AUGGUGAUGAGUUUUCGAGUCUCCGACCUUCAGAUGCUUCUGGGUUUUGUCGGGCGGAGUAAGAGCGGACUGAAACACGAACUCGUCACACGGGCCCUGCAGCUGGUCCAGUUUGACUGCAGCCCUGAGCUGUUCAAGAAGAUCAAGGAGUUGUACGAGACGCGUUACGCCAAGAAGAACGCCGAGCCUGUGCCGCAGCCCCACCGGCCCCUGGAGCCCCUGACCAUGCACUCAGCCUACGACCGGGCCAGCACGCUGCCCAGGACGCCCCUCUCGGGGCCCAACAUUGACUACCCCGUGCUCUACGGGAAGUACUUAAAUGGACUCGGACGGUUGCCCGCCAAAACCCUCAAGCCAGAAGUGCGCCUGGUGAAGCUGCCCUUCUUUAACACGCUGGACGAACUGCUGAAGCCGACGGAAUUAGUCCCACAGAACAGCGAGAAGCUUCAGGAGAGCCCAUGCAUCUUUGCGUUGACGCCAAGGCAGGUGGAGCUGAUCCGGAACUCCAGAGAGCUCCAGCCCGGAAUCAAAGCAGUGCAGGUCGUUCUGAGGAUCUGCUACUCGGACACAAGCUGCCCUCAGGAGGACCAGUACCCGCCCAACAUAGCUGUCAAGGUCAACCACAGCUACUGCUCUGUCCCGGGCUACUACCCCUCCAACAAGCCGGGCGUGGAGCCCAAGAGGCCAUGCCGGCCCAUCAACCUCACCCACCUCAUGUACCUGUCGUCCGCCACAAACCGCAUCACAGUCACCUGGGGCAACUAUGGCAAGAGCUACUCUGUGGCGUUGUACCUGGUGCGGCAGCUGACCUCCUCGGAGCUGCUGCAGCGGUUGAAAACCAUCGGGGUGAAGCACCCGGAGCUGUGCAAGGCGCUAGUCAAAGAGAAGCUGCGCCUGGACCCCGACAGCGAGAUCGCCACCACUGGCGUGCGGGUCUCCCUCAUCUGCCCGCUGGUGAAAAUGCGGCUGUCGGUGCCCUGCCGGGCGGAGACCUGCGCCCACCUGCAGUGCUUCGACGCCGUCUUCUACCUCCAGAUGAACGAGAAGAAGCCCACCUGGAUGUGCCCCGUGUGUGAUAAGCCGGCCCCCUAUGACCAGCUCAUCAUAGACGGCCUCCUCUCCAAGAUCCUGAGUGAGUGCGAGGAUGCCGACGAGAUUGAGUUUCUGGCCGACGGUUCGUGGUGCCCCAUCCGCGCCGAAAAGGAGCGCAGCUGCAGCCCCCAGUGCCCCAUCCUGGUCCUUGGCACAUCUGAUGCCAACGGACUCCUUUCUGCCCCAAACGUCAACGGAGGUGGUGGUGUUAGCAGUGCAGCCGGUGGCACCAGCGGUGGGGGCGGCACGGCCAGCGGCGUCGAGAACGGAAAACCUGGUGCCGACGUGGUGGACCUCACGCUGGACAGCUCAUCGUCCUCAGAGGACGAGGAGGAGGAAGAGGAAGAUGAGGAGGACGAGGACGAGGAGGGCCCUCGGCCCAAGCGCCGCUGCCCCUUCCCAAAGGGGCUGGUGUCGGCCUGCUGA